GAGAAAUGGCACCUAGCUCUGUCCAUAGCUCUGGUUGAAUCUGAGGAAAGAGUGCAAGUGCCGCCAGCCGAGUCCUCAGACUCAAGCCCAAGAUGCUUCCAGGGAGGAGGCGGUUAACUACUCCUUGGGCUUGACUUCAGGAACUGGGUGGUGGCCGUGACGCCUCUGCCGCUGGAGGCUCAUUGGCUCUGGAGUUCAGGAAGGAGCGCUGAGCUGUCCUGGUGGCGGCCUACGGCCCACAGGUAGUCCAGCCCCACCCGGCCCCCCCACCCCCGCCCAGGGACACUUUGUCCAGUGCUCCUUUGAAGAACAACAUCCAGCAACCUCCAGGGUCCUGCUGUGACGGGAAAGAUGGUCCUUACAACCACCACGGAGGAUGUGCCCAGUGACCUGACUGUAGAGGAGCGUCAGGAACUGGAGAACAUCCGGCGGAGAAAGCAGGAGCUACUGGCUGACAUUCAGAGGCUCAAGGAUGAGAUAGCAGAGGUAGCUAAUGAAAUUGAAAACCUCGGGUCCACAGAAGAAAGGAAAAACAUGCAGAGGAACAAACAGGUAGCCAUGGGCAGGAAAAAGUUUAACAUGGACCCUAAAAAGGGGAUCCAGUUCUUAAUAGAGAAUGAUCUGCUGAAGAAUACUUGUGAAGACAUUGCCCAGUUCUUGUACAAAGGGGAAGGCCUUAACAAAACCGCCAUUGGUGACUACCUGGGGGAGAGAGACGAGUUUAAUAUCCAGGUUCUUCAUGCAUUUGUGGAGUUACAUGAGUUCACUGACCUUAACCUUGUCCAGGCGCUACGGCAGUUCCUGUGGAGCUUCCGGCUGCCAGGGGAGGCCCAGAAGAUUGACCGGAUGAUGGAAGCGUUUGCCCAGCGCUAUUGCCAGUGUAAUAUUGGGGUGUUCCAGUCCACAGACACUUGUUACGUCCUCUCGUUUGCCAUCAUCAUGUUGAACACCAGCCUGCACAACCCCAAUGUCAAAGAUAAGCCCACCGUGGAGAGGUUCAUCGCCAUGAAUCGCGGCAUCAACGAUGGGGGAGACCUGCCUGAGGAGCUGCUCCGGAAUCUGUAUGAGAGCAUAAAAAACGAACCCUUUAAAAUCCCAGAAGAUGAUGGGAAUGACCUCACUCACACUUUCUUCAACCCAGACCGGGAAGGCUGGUUAUUGAAACUUGGAGGUGGCAGGGUCAAGACUUGGAAAAGACGCUGGUUUAUUCUGACUGACAACUGCCUUUACUACUUUGAAUAUACGACGGACAAGGAGCCCCGUGGGAUUAUCCCUUUAGAGAAUCUGAGUAUCCGGGAGGUAGAGGACUCCAAAAAGCCAAACUGCUUUGAGCUUUAUAUUCCUGACAAUAAAGACCAAGUGAUCAAGGCCUGCAAGACGGAGGCUGAUGGGCGGGUCGUGGAGGGGAACCACACCGUGUACCGGAUCUCAGCCCCGACGCCUGAGGAGAAGGAGGAGUGGAUUAAAUGCAUCAAAGCAGCCAUCAGCAGGGACCCUUUCUACGAGAUGCUGGCCGCAAGGAAGAAGAAGGUCUCCUCCACGAAGAGACACUGAGUCUGCCCAGCGAGCGGCGCCGGCGUGCGAGGCCCUGGGUCCUUCCUCCUAUCCUCCCCCACGGAUGGGCGGCGGGCUGCCGAGCAGGGGUGGCCCCUGCUGGGCGUCACCCUGAAUUCCUAGAGACUGGCUUCAGCUUUGCUAUUUGUUUUUAAGUGGGAGAAGGGUAGGAGUUCGCACGGGGGAGAGGGAACAGAGCCCCCGUCAGCACAUCAGCCUCCUUGCAAGUCUCCCGUUCAGCAGGUCUAAUAGCAGAGCUCGAAGCCAGCCGUUUACCUCUUGGUUAUUUCCCUGUGAAGAAGCCUUCAACCCUGCACCGUAAAUACACCUAUCGAUAUAUUAUUCUAUGUUAAGGAAAAAGUGGAAUGGAAGAGAAGCCACGUACUAUAAAGAUAUAUUUUUGUUUUUUAAAGAGAGAAAAAGAUAAAGGAGAGCCGUUCCGAGGUUCUGCCUGGUCCGGGGUGGAGGCUCCCAGGGCGGCCGCCGAGGGUCCCCCCCCCCGCCCCCGCCCGCCCCCGGCCCCGGCCCCCGGCCCACUGGUGGGAGCCGGCUUCUCAGCAGCCCGAGGGCGCAGGUGGUGGGACGGGCGGGCCGGCAGCAGCCGCCGCUUCUCCGUUCCAAGUGCCGGGGGAGCGGAGGGGAGAAGAGAAUCGCUGGACGGUCACUGUUUUUCUCUUCCAGAGUUCCUCCUUGUCGGGCUUUAAACUGCAAAGUCAGCAUUCUCCCUGGAGCUAAGGACCGGAACCAAAACUGUGAGGAGGGCAGUCCCCACCGCGGUUCGGGGCGGCCUGUUCCUUACAUGGUUCUUCCUCCUUCCCCAGAGCUGCAGUCCUCGUUUUAGAGGAAGGCGCAGGUCUUACUGAUCACCUUAGGUCUUCAGCUUUUCCCGCCUCGACUCGGGCCCCGACCUGGACUACUGUCGCCCAUUUCGGGGCGGGUGGGGGCCUUCGUCUGCCCGGCAGCGGCGGGCGGAGCGCCAGGGGGACAAGAGCGGCCUUGCGUCCUUCCCUGCGCCGCGGGCCUGCGUGCGCGCUGGCCUCGCCCUCCCGACUCAUGGUGUGAAGGGAGCCGCGGAACGCAGCGUCCCCCUGCUCUUCUCUCAGGGACUCUCGGGCCGCUCCUGCCGCAGAGCAGGGCCCGGCCCGGGCCACCCCGGCGCCCCCACGUGGCCUCACGGAAGAAGGCGAAGAGCCGCCGGUCUUCUCGGGCAGCGGGAGCCCCGCUCCUCCGACUCCGUUAGGGCAGGCGGGCAUCUCUGCAGAUGGCGCUCGUGCAAGGGCGUGAUUGGGGGUGCAGGCGGGGGGACUUUCAGGGGUCCCCUUCACACCGGUCCUGCCUCGAGUGACUUCAGGCGUGUUCGUGCCGGAGUUCGUAAGGGGACGGGGGGAGGUCUGGGCCCGUCGGGGCCCCACCGCCGGCCGCGUGCCCUGCACUGGUUCUCACAAAUACUACACAGAGAGGCACCUGCGUCAGUAUUCGUCUAUUUAUCAGAGGUGUAAAUAAUCCAUGUAUAGUUUUUCUCCUUUUAGAUUAUUUUGUAUUUGUUUAAAAAAAGUUUUGUCAAAAUAUAAAAUAUAAAGAAAUGACUGAAAGUUGUUGACAGGGUUUUAAAAAAAAUUAUAAUUAUUAUUCCAACUGUUUUUUGUUCGUUUGGUUUUUUUGCAUUGUAAACUAGCACCAAGGGACUGCAGCAAAUAAACUCCAGAUCUGCCCAAAGCA